CAUCCCUUGAGGUCCCUGUUCCUAGUUCGACAAUAGCUGGACUAAUCGAAUCAAUUGGAUUCACUGAAUGCAAAGUGCAAUGUAAUCUCAUCUCUUCUCUUUCUCUCCCUCCAACGAAAAUGGUGUCAACACACGAGAAGAAGACGAACCUCGCCAGACUCAUCAUCCCUUCUUCUUCAUCUUCCCCAUCUCCAUCUCCAUCCAUCACAAGCCCACAUGUCAUUCACAGUAGGUCCCACUCCUUUGUGGGCCCCUCCCCGCGCUUCAAUCCCUCCUCAACCCCUCUCUUCUUCCUCCAAGAGGACGACGACGAAGACGAAGAAAAGGAACCUCUUUCUUCUGACCCUGUUAAGAUUGGACCUUCCGAUUUUCAUAUUCUCCGUGUUGUAGGGCAGGGUGCCUUUGGGAAGGUCUUUCUCGUCAGAAAAAAAGGAAAUUGCUUCGAUGGUGAUGGUGAUGGUGAUGGUGAUGGCGAUGGGGUCUUCGCCAUGAAGGUCAUGAGAAAGGAUACCAUCAUAAAGAAAAACCACGUUGAUUACAUGAAAGCGGAGAGGGAUAUUCUCACUAAAGUCCUUCACCCUUUCAUUGUUCAGCUACGUUACUCUUUUCAGACCAAUUCUAAGUUAUAUUUGGUGUUGGAUUUUGUAAACGGAGGGCAUCUCUUCUUUCAUCUGUAUCGCCAGGGUAUUUUCAGUGAGGAUCAGGCAAGGCUUUACACUGCUGAGAUAGUGUCUGCAGUUUCACAUCUUCAUAGCAAAGGCAUCGUGCAUCGGGAUCUUAAGCCUGAAAACAUUCUAAUGGACUCUCAUGGGCAUGUCAUGCUGACUGAUUUUGGAAUGUCAAAAGAGAUUGAUGAAUUGGGAAGAUCCAACUCUCUCUGUGGCACCGUGGAAUAUAUGGCUCCUGAAAUUCUUCUGGCUAAAGGCCAUAACAAGGAUGCGGAUUGGUGGAGUGUUGGUAUCCUGUUGUAUGAAAUGCUAACAGGGAAGGCACCAUUUACACACACUAACAGAAAGAAACUUCAGGAGAAAAUUAUUAAAGAGAAAGUUAAACUUCCACCAUUCCUUACCAGUGAAGCUCACUCAUUACUCAAAGGAUUGCUGCAAAAGGAUCCAACAACAAGGUUAGGACAUGGGCGAAAUGGAGAUGAGCAGAUCAAAAGUCAUAAAUGGUUUAGGUCAAUCAAUUGGAAAAAAUUGGAGGCAAGAGAACUGGAACCAAAGUUUAAACCAGAUGUGUCUGGGAAAGACUGUACUGAUAAUUUUGACAAAUGUUGGACAGCAAUGCCCCCUAAUGACUCACCAGCAUCCACACCUACAGCAGGUGGCCAUUUCCAGGGCUAUACUUAUGUGGCACCCAACCCUUGGCUUUCAUCUGGUUCACUACAAUGAACAAGGAAACCUGUACAUGGAUCUAUGUAUCAAAAUAAGACCUCAUUAAGACAAGUAACCCAUUUCUUCUUAUUGUGAGCUUCCUCAGCUUACAAGUAACCAAAAUCUUCUCUGACCAUUGCAGAGAAUACAGAAUGUUUAGGGGCUCUGAUAUGACCCAUUGUGUUUGUGCAGCUUUGUUUAGUUCUUGUUUUAAAUUAAGAUCAACAUUAACAUAUUUGUACAGCCAGGGCCCUGAAGAGGGUGAGGGUGUAUCACAUAUUUGACUUAUUCAUCAGAAGAGUUUGCAUGUAUGAAUGAAAUUGUAUUGUCUUAUCAUAUGCAUACAUAACUACGAGCUAUAUUGAACACGUAGCUGUCAACUGUUCUGCUUAUAAGAUCUAGAAAGAUUGAUACUUGUUGCCACCAAUGUCUUUGGUUCUAUUUCUUUCCCCUCCAAACCCGCACGUUUUUCAUUUUGGUAGGAAUAAUAAAAACUUUUGUCUAAUCUAUCAAGGUCAAAUCUUUGAGAUGAACCCUCCUUCCAUCACACUGCAUGCUUGAGUAGUAGAGUUAGAUACACUGGAUGAGACGAUUCCAAGCGUCAUUUGUAAGGUGUGAGCAAGCGAAUGAUAAUCCAUAUUUAAAAUGUAAAGACAACCAUUAAGAAAGAGUAACAUUCUGAAAAACACAAAUAGGAGAUUAGCAGUAUGAAAGAAUCUUGUACCAUCUGGACUUUAAGACUUUGCGUAACCCAAGCAUAAUAAAAUAUCAAGCCUCCAUAACAUGUGAACUACGUGAAUGUUAAAGAUCAGGCUAAAUUCUUCGCCACAUCUCCUCAAUCUCUGGCCAUAUGCACCAGUCACUAAAAUCUACUUUUUAUCCGUUUAUAGUUUUAUAAAGCCUAGAAUCUUAAUGGUUUCAACAAAUGGAUCAAAUUCACCAAACCAAUUAUUAUUGUUAUGUGUGCUUACUACAUGUUUCCAUUCGACAUACAGACAACAAAAGCAACAAGAUUCCAUCUACAUUACGUGGGCUCUACUCUUUGCAGAAGAACCUUCAUAUAACUGAAUGAGCAAGGGAUCCACCCACUAAAGAAACUCAGAUUAGGAUAUAUUUGGACGAAGGUUUACACGAAACCAGAAAGAACCCAAAAAGACCAAUUCACCCACCCCCAUCUACAUCCUAUGCUUAUAAAUAGACCUCGCUUAAAAAUUUUGCAAUAACCACCAUCUCUUGAAACACCAAGCUCUGGUUAAGCCCAAAAAUAAUGGAUAGAAUCAAAUCCAAGAAUGAGAAGUCUCUUUGUGAGAAGUCCAUGAAGGUUGUAGUAAAUAUCAUUAAGCUAUCUUCUUUCUCUAUUGCACAGAAGACUCUUGGUGCCACAAGUAAAAAAACUGGUCCAGAGUCUGAUAUGGAUUCUGACGAGGAAGCACCGGUUCCUGAUCAAUUUCCUACAAGCAGAAGAUCACAACAGCCACAGAGCCGUGCAAACCCCACAUACGUGAUCAAGUCAUGUGGGAGCAACGGAUCAACCGAACAUUUGAUUUAUCAAGAAAGAGUUCCAACUGAUGUUAACCCAAAUAAAGAACAGUGUGUUGAUGGAUUGGCUUCUGAUUAUAUCAGUAAGAUACGCAACAGGCUAGGGCGUGGUGUAUAAGGAGAAAUUGUUACAUGGUCUAGGACCAUGUGAUCUUGGCCAUUCUCCAUAUAAUACGUUCCGAUUACUCAAAGGGGUUAACAAUGUGUCUCACGGAGAGGGACCAAGAACAUGUGUUUUUGAUCAUGUAAUAAUUUCUUAGUUGUCUUCAAUUGUGUGCUCCAUGUAUAAGCAGCCAUUUUGGUUCGAAUUAACCAGCUGUAAUGUUGUAAUAAACUUAGUUGUUGGGGUUUCUAGCUAAAACAAAAGUAGUUGUUUCUGUUGAAACCCAACUCAACUUUUUCCUUGAUGCUUUAUUUAAUAUUCUUUGCUGGA